AUGCGUAAACGUGCAUGUAACAAUAAGCUUCUUUUCAUUUGUGGUCAACUAUUAAUAUUUCUAUUUCUUGUUAAUUAUUUAUUUCGAUCAUCGACAUCUGAUCUGACACCAUUGAGGAUUACAUUUGAAGAAAUGAGUCAACAUUUAUCAAUGGAUUCUUCAAAAUUAAUCUUUAAACAACAGUAUCGGUAUGAAUAUGAACAACUUCAAAAAUAUUCCUUAGAACAAAUUUACGAAGAACCAUCCAUCAAUGAAACAUCUUAUCCCAAACUACCUUACUUUUAUUCCUUAUGGAAAACCUCACCAAUGCUUCCACGUUUGAUAACGCCAGACGAACAUUAUUUAUACAUUCAGUUACUGAACAUUUUUGAUCUGGGUUUCAAAGAAAUAUUCAUUUGA